UCUAUCAGCUCCAACACCUCUAAUCUCAUUCCAACAGAAAUGGCGUUCUCCGUUCCACUCAAAACCUUCUCUCUCCCCUUCUUCCUUCUCUUUUUGCUCUCCGAGUCGUGCCAUCCCACAGACAAAGAAGCACUUCUUCAGUUCAAGCGCAGGAUCAGCUCUGACCCUUCGCAGCUGCUGCGUUCAUGGACAUCUGCCACCGACUGCUGCUCCUCCUGGGACGGCGUCGGCUGCGAUUUCUCCGGCAGAGUCACCAACGUCACACGCCCCGGAAUCGUCGCCGGCACCGACUUCAUCGCCGACACCUACAUGUCCGGAGCUUUGUCCCCAUUUCUCGGAAACUUGUCGUACCUUCAAUUUCUUGACCUCAGCAAUCUCAAAGACAUAAAGGGCCGAAUUCCAUUGGAAUUUGGCAAGUUAUCGCGACUCACCCAUUUGUUUCUCGAUUCAAAUAAGCUCAUGGGUCCGAUCCCCAGAACUUUUGGGUGCCUUUUUCGUCUGCAGAAGCUCUAUCUUGGUAACAAUCAACUCUCGGGAUUCAUCCCUCCCUUUAUUUUUGGGUAUCUGAAGUCCCUUUCGGAAUUGGGUCUUUCCGGAAAUAGACUAUCCGGUUCAAUUCCCACUUCAAUUGGGAAGCUAAUUCAGCUGAAAAAUCUCGAUCUCCAUGCCAACAAUUUUUCUGGAAGCAUUCCUGCGAGCAUUGGCAACCUUAAAAGUCUCAGAUAUCUCGAUUUGUCUGAGAAUGAGAUAACGGGAAGCAUUCCAAAAUCGAUUGGUGGGCUCUCUGAGUUGGUUUUGCUGUACCUUAAUCAGAACAAGAUUACUGGAAGUAUUCCCUCUUCGGUGGCCGGACUUAGUUCUCUGAUAUUCUUCCGUUUGUCGGAAAACCGGCUCAGUGGUCGGCUACCGGCGUCCGUCGGUAAGCUCGCAAAGAUCCAAAGGCUGAUUCUUGAGAACAACAAACUUACUGGGAAAUUGCCUUCUUCCAUUGGCCGUUUGACUACUUUAACUGACAUUUUCUUCUCUAACAAUCUUUUUACCGGCAAGAUUCCUAAAACCUUUGGUAAUUUAGAAAACCUCCAAACUCUUGACUUGUCGAGAAAUUUGCUUUCCGGUGGAAUUCCUCAUCAGUUAUCCAGAUUACAGAGAUUACAGAGCUUAGAUCUUUCGUUCAAUCCACUUGGGUUGCGAUGCAUACCAAAUUGGUUAGCAAAAAUGAAACUUUUCAGGCUAUUUUUGGCUCAAACUGGAAUUGAGGGGCAGCUUCCAAAGUGGUUGUCUUCAUCUUCAAUAUCAGUUCUUGAUUUGUCGAACAAUGAAUUAAGAGGGCCGUUGCCCCAUUGGAUUGGAAAUAUGACCAAUCUUUCAUUCCUUAACCUAUCAAACAAUGGAUUUUCUUCUUCAAUCCCUGCCGAAUUCAAAAACCUUCUGCUAUUAAUGGAUCUUGAUCUUCAUUCCAAUCAUUUCACAGGGCACAUCGACAACAUAUUUUCAAAAGGAGUUCAAGACCCACUCGGCCAUUUCAACUCCAUUGAUGUUUCUCACAAUCAUUUUGGUGGUCUUAUUGAUGUGAAUAUUGGAGACAGGGCAGCAAUGUCAUCCAUCAAAUCACUAGUUCUAUCAAAAAAUGUAUUGGAAGGGCACAUCCCCAAGUCGUUGGGGAAGCUCAGUGAGUUGCAGGUGGUGGAUGUGGCCGGAAACAAGCUUUCCGGUGAAAUUCCGGCGGAGCUCGGAGACUCGGCGGAACUCACCACGGUUUUGCUGUCGAAGAACAAGCUGAGUGGGGCGAUUCCAGUACAGGUGUUGAAUUUGCCGAAGCUUGGAACAUUCGACGUGUCGGAAAAUAGACUCUGUGGAAGAAUUCCGCCCCAUAAAGCCCAUUUCCCUGUCUCUGCAUUCAAGCACAAUCCUGGACUCUGUGGAUUUCCACUCCCUCCCUGCAAACAUUCUUAAACAAUUUGAUUUUAAUUUAUUCUUUUGUUCUUUGAUUUUGAUUUUGUUUUCAAAAUUCGUAUCUUAGUAGGAACAAUAAUCUCUUGCUGUCGACCACUCAAUUUCAACGGCUACUUGGCCAUCACUUCCCUUUAUUGCAGUCAAGUGGAAUAGACUUUAAUCCAA